UAUGCCGUACAAUUUUGUGGUUAUGUUACAAAUAAAAUAGUGACUUAAAUACAUAUAUAUAUUAAAAUAUUUUCAAUAAUUAUUCUAUAAAUACUGUUAUUUAAAUAAUUAUUACUUUAAUUUGUUUAUUUUGAAAUUACAAAACAAGUUUAACAAACAUAGAACACUAAUACCUGAGAAAGUCGAAAGUGGUGUUUAGUUGUCACAUUUAUUUAUUAUGGCUGAUGAAGAAUAUGAAGCAGAGGAUGCAGGAGCUGACUACGAUGAUAUAGCUGAAGAGGAUGAUAAUAUUGAGGAGACUGAAGAACAAGAAGAAGAUGGCUAUAACGUUCAGUGUCUGGCGCCAGGACAAGCUGGAGGAGGUGUAGAGAAAUCAAAGCGUAUCACAACUCGAUAUAUGACUAAGUACGAGCGCGCAAGAGUGUUAGGUACACGGGCGUUACAAAUAGCAAUGUGUGCACCAGUUAUGGUAGAACUGGAGGGAGAAACUGAUCCACUGCAAAUAGCUAUGAAAGAAUUAAAACAAAGAAAAAUUCCAAUUAUCAUCAGAAGAUACCUUCCAGAUCAUUCCUAUGAAGACUGGAGCAUUGAUGAACUUAUUAUAAUUGAUCAUUAAGUUAAAAAAUAGUCUUUAUAUUUUAUAAUAAUAAUAUUUGAUAUUCAAAUAUAGUACUU